AUGGAUGUGAAGAUUGGUUUAAGUACGAAGGAAGCUUUUGCAAAGCUUUGCGCUGUAUUAGAAUUUGAAAUUGACAAGGAACGUGAACGUGCAGGUGGACCAUUUACAUUUAGGUUCUUAGCUCAUGAUGCAUUGAUUACCGGAAACUUUUGUGUCAUUUAUGCGGUAGCUUCAAUUAUUUGUUGUCUUGUUUUGUUAAGUUGCAGUUUGCUUAGAGAUUGCACUUUACUCGACCAGCUUGCAUCACUUCUAUUCUUGACUAUAUCAAUAUGUAACAUAUAUUGUUCAUUAAAAAUAUAUCGUACUCAAAGAUAUGCAAUUAUUGAAAAAGCCCUUGAUAUAUUGGAUAUUCUAAAAUCACUGAAAGUAAAGAACUUCCGAUAUGAAAAUCUUUAUGCGCCGCCAUCUGAUGCUAUCAGUUUACAAUGGACAUACAGAGACCACAAAUUAGUGAAUGUGCCAUGGAUGCUUUUGGUAGAUGGUGAUAUAAUACAACUUCGUGCUGGACAAUCGCCACCGUACCAAUGUAUAUCACAACAUGGUGACUUCAUUGGUUUGGGGGAUAAACCACGACUGCUAAAGGUAUUGUGUCAUACUAUACUUCCAUCAAAAUCAACACUGUGGAAAAUUGUUGAACCACCUAUUGUUGACCAUAUACGCGCAGCUUUUCGUAAUCAUCGCAAGAAACAUUCGAAUUUGUUGAAUUUUGAAAUUCAUACGACACUUCAUUUUAUCCUUGAAAGAUGUUUUUUACCGUUCAUACUCACGAUGAUGCUCAUAGUACAUUGUUUUCGGGAAGUUCAUACAAUUUAG